AUGGACGGCCUUGGGGAUGAUGGCCUGGGUUUCGACAUGAACCAGAUGAUGAUGAACCAGCAACAACAGCAGCAGCAGCAACAGCUCUUUGGGGGCUACUCGCAGGAUGGCUCCCAGAUGGCGGGCCUCGCGGGGUCGAUGUAUCCCGAUGAUUCAGGAUUAGCCGCGGGGGAUGACGCCAACGACGCAAAGCGACGGAGGAUUGCAAGAGCUUGCGAUAUGUGCCGCAAGAAAAAGAUCAAGUGCGACGGCAAGAUGCCCAAGUGCUCGCACUGUAUCAACUAUAAAACAGAUUGCGUCUUUACCCAAGUCGAGAAGAAACGAAAUCCUCCGAAGGGGGCUAAAUACAUCGAGGGCUUGGAAAACCGGCUGGGCCGCAUGGAAUCGCUCCUCCGCCUAUCUGGCCUCCUCUCCCAAGAUGAUAAUGGAAAGACAGAUCUAGGGACGCUGGAGAAACGACUCGCCGAUCGAACAAAUGCCCUUAAUGCGGCGAAAAAUGCGAACAAGUUUAACAUCCCGAGUGCAACCCAGCAACAAUCAUCCACCUCUCACAGUACCACACCUCGCGUCGAUUCUCAAUCCAGUCCGCAUACCGCCGCGACAUCCCCCGAUUCACAAAAAGAGUCCGAGACAGAAGUUGAAGCUUUGUCAGAUAUGAUGUGCUCGCUGGUGACCAACAAUUGCGGCGAGACUCGGUACAUUGGAUCAUCGUCAGGAUUCUCCAUAUUUUCUCCAAAGGGUAUUCAAUGGGUCAACGAAAAGACGGGCGACACAUCAUUCCAAGAUAUGAUUGCCUCAGCGUACGUCGAUGACAAUAAGUGGAUGUAUUGGAAGCCGGAGAUUUUCAGCGACAUCUUUGCCCGGCGCGUGUUCAAGCCACUCCCUCCCAAAGAAGAAGCCCUCUCCCUGUUCAAGGACUUUUUUGAGAAUUUCAACUGCAUGUUCCCGCUCUUCCACGAAGCCACCUUUAUGCACCUGGUGGAGCGACAGUACUCACGGGACCCGUAUGAGGGUUCGGGAUGGUGGGCAAGUAUCAACGUUGUGUUGGCAAUUUCCCACCGCUUGCGUGUGAUGAGCAACCUGGUGCCUCAUGAAGAAGAUAAGAAGGCUUGGCUGUAUCUGAAAAAUGCCAUGGGAGUCUUGACGGAAUUGACAAUGCGGAACACUGAUCUCCUCAGUGUGCAAGCUUUGCUGGGCAUGUCUCUCUUCCUACAAGGUACCCCUAACCCUCAACCGGCAUUCUUCUUGGUUGCUGCGGCUAUCCGCCUGUCCCACAGCAUUGGCUUGCACAAGCGAGGCUCUGGAUUCGGUCUGAAUCCGGUAGAGGUAGAACAGCGAAAGCGAGUGUUUUGGGUUGCCUACUGCCUUGACAAGGACAUCUGUCUACGUUCUGGAAGACCACCGGUACAGGACGAUGACGACAUGAAUGUCGAACUCCCAAGCGAAGAUCCACCAGAUAACGUUGGACAUGUGCCGCUCGCCGAUGGCAGAGGAAAAUUCAACCUCUUCAGGUCUCUCUGCGAAUUCGCCACUAUCGAGAGCAGAGUCUACAAGAGGCUGUAUUCUGCCAAAGCUUCUAAACAGUCCGACGGCGAGUUGCUCAACACCAUUGGGGAGCUAGACAAAGAGUUAGAAGACUGGAAGGACAGCAUCCCCAUCGACUACCGACCUGAAUAUGAAAUCCAAGCCACACACGGACCCCUCCUCAUUCACGUCGUGGUCCUUCACUUCGCCUACUACAAUUGCCUGACUACCAUCCACCGCAUGUCCGUGCACCAUGGCUAUUGGACGAGCCGAUUAUCCAAUUAUGCGAUUCAAGGUCUGAAUGCCCGGCCAUUGAAUCCCAGAGUCUUCUUGUCCGCUGUCUUGUGCGUGACUGCUGCACGCGCUUCGAUCAAUCUCAUCAAGUACAUUCCACAGGGAGACUUUGCUUGUGUUUGGUUGAUUCUGUACUAUCCAGUGUCCGCUCUUGUCACACUGUUUGCAAAUAUUCUUCAAAAUCCUAACGAUGCUCGUGCUCGAUCGGAUGUCAAAUUGAUGAAUGUGGUGGUCAAUUUCCUCUCCACGUUAGUUUCGGACGAAUCGAAUGGCAGCAUUAAGCGCAUGCUUGGGCUGUGUGGUGAAUUCGAGAGAAUCGCCAAGGUCGUUCUCGAUAAAGCUGAAAAGGAGUCUCAUGCGCGGAAGAAGCGCAAGACCGCGCCAGAUGACUAUGCUGCACAAGAGACAGACGAACAACAUCCCCAAACAUCUCCCUCGGCCAAACACGCAAAAGCCCCUCACAACACCCCCUUCUCACCCUCGAUGUUCGCCAAUCACCCCUCUGCUGGAAUUUCUUCGCCCAUGGAAGCGAAGGCCUUUGGCAAUGAUCCCACCAUACCCACAGGCUCUGGCAUCUCCAAUGAUUUCUCGCCCAACGUCCAUGCGAUGUCUGGUCUGGGACAGGACUUCCAGGGCAUACUGAGUCCUGAACAGCUGGCUGGAGUGGGAUUCCCUGAUCAAUCUUUCAGGCCCACCAGUCCAAAUAUGGGGCCUUUUCAACAGCCAUUUGUUCCACAAGAUCUUUGGCAGAUGCCCAUGACCAUUGAGUGGGACUGGGCAGACAUGUCGACGAAUUUCCCUGUCUUCGAAGGGGUUGGUGCUAAUGGUCAGCCUCCACAGUGA